AUGGACAGAAAUAGCCCUGACCAGCACUAUAGGCUUGGAGAAGAAGUGAUGUGUGUGAGGCAGCAGAGCCUGAUGCAGCAGACCUUUGCUCAUAAGAAGGAGGGUGACGGCGAUGCUGUGAGCUGCAGCACUGACACCUCCAGGUGGUCGACUACCCCCAGACCGCGCAGUGGCCCAAAUACCUCACACUGCUCUUCUGACUAUGAAGACCAAGCUGACCCGCUUACAGACAAGACCCCAGAGGCCAAGUCAUCAGUCAAGAGUCAAGGAUCAAAGCCAUCCAGAAGCAAAAAGGGUAAAAAAGGCCCCCACAGGCAGAAGACAAACUACGCUGCAGGACGCCAAGUAGUGAAGUUGCCUCCAAUCAAACCCCUGCAGGUUUCAAGGCCAAGGAUCAAGUCUGCCAACUUGAGCUGCAUCAGGGAGCUGCAGAGCCAGGUGGGGGACCUGCAGCAGCAGCUGAGCGAGGCCAGGACUGAGAACAAGCUGCUGAAGAGGGUCCAGCAUCGCCACACGGUGGCACUGCAGCACUUUCAAGACUCAGAGGGCAGCCUCUCUCAGAUCCUCACCAAGCAUAACAAUGAGGCCCGAGUCCUGCAGGAGUUGCUCCGUGAGACCCGCGCCUGCCGUGACAGUCUGGCAAGGCAGCUCCAAGCCACGGAAAACAAGUUACUGAGUACCAAGGCCAGUCUCCAGCACCUACAGCUUCUCAGCCAGGAUUACAGCCUGCUGGAGAGGGAGGAGCUCACCCUCAGGCUGACCAGGGCCACUGCAGAGCUAGAGGACAAGGACAAGAGGAUACUGGACUUGGAGAGAAAUCUUGAGUUGUGCCAAGUCUCAUUCAGUCGCCAAAUAGUGACUGAAAAAAGAAAGUUCAAUGAGGCGAUAAAGCUAUCCAGCUAUCUGCAAGAGCAAAUAUAUCAGCUUAACAGGUGCCUUCGAGAUAGAGAGAAAGAACUGGAAAUACACAAUAUUUACUCCCACAGAUUCCUAAAAGGAUUUACCAAAAAAGGCAGACAAAGCAAGACGGUUCAAACCGAUGGAUUAAUCCUCCUCCCCGAUGAGGCUGUGAGUCUUUUGGAGUUGGAAUAUACUGAGAGUGAAGAGAGGCUGGAGGAGCACGAGAGCUCUGUGAACUUGACGUGUUUGGAAAUAGAAAAUCCAGAGACAGAUGUUUUGGUAAAUGUGACAUUAGAAGAGAAUCACCAAGAGGAUACUGAGACAUGUGCAGACACCAGUGAGCAGAACAGCCUUUCAGAAGAGAGCUUAGAAGAUCAAACUGAGGGAGACUGUGCUGAAGAUAAUAAGGCAACAGAGGCCCCACAGGUGUCAGAGGAAGAGCAGGAAACAGAGGAACAUGAAAGCGAGGUGUCCUACAUUUUAGAAAAGUCUCUGAAUGCCACUGAACCUAAGAGAAAAGGACACAGGCUCUCGAAAAUCAUACGUAACUACACCUUCUCACAAUCUACUGAGAACCUGCACAGUGGAAGACCUGCCUACAGCACUGUGGACUUGACUCCCUGUGAAAGCACCCAGAGCACGAUGAGGGUGGAGAGCCUCCACAGUGGGAUUAAGGAACUUCAUCUACCAGCUGGGAAAUCCAGAAGAGGCAGAGAGGACAGUCCUCAGUGUGAGUGAAGGGAGAAAGAGUAGGCUGCAGAGGAGCCCUUCCAUCCAAGUACAGAACAAACAUGGCCGAGGGCAAAAAUGUCUAUACAUCUAUAUUUUAUAGCUGCCAUAGACAGGAAAACUGGAUGAGGAAAUUUUAACUGUACUUGAGUAUCUCUCUGAAUAAAUGAUUUUUCGACCCAAGA